GGAUGCACCUGACGCCAUCUCCGGGCGCCCGGCUCGGGCGGGGGGGAGGGGGCCGCUGGGUGUGGGGCGGCUCCGGGGCCGGGGAUGGCGGCGGCCGCGGUUGCGGCGGCUCCCGGACAAGCAAGAGGAGCCCGUGGAGAGCCGUGAGAUGGGCCGGCUCCCAAGCCAGCAAAGAAGACACUGCUUCAUACUACAGCUGCUCAGAAGCACCACUGGAAGCUCAGCAGAUGUGGGCGUCUCAGCCAACAACAGAGAGGGGUGCAGGGGAGCCACAGAGAAGCCCCUUCUGAUGCCCCAAGGAGCAAGUCGACCCCUUCCAGGCUCCAGGAACACCACAAAGCAAUAUGAAACCUGUUCAUGAGAGGAGUCAGGAAUGCCUUCCACCAAAGAAACGAGACCUCCCCGUGACCAGCGAGGAUAUGGGGAGAACUACCAGCUGCUCAACUAACCACACAUCCUCCAUUGAUGCCUCUGAAUGGUCUCGAGGGGUUGUGGUGGCUGGGCAGAGCCAGGCAGGAUCCAGAGUCAGCCUGGGGGCUGAUGGAGCUGAGGCAAUCACUGGUCUGACAAUGGACCAGUAUGGCAUGCUGUAUAAGGUGGCUGUGCCACCUGCCACCUUCUCCCCCACUGGCCUCCCGUCUGUGGUGAACAUGAGCCCUUUGCCCCCCACAUUUAAUGUAGCGUCUUCAUUGAUUCAACAUCCAGGAAUCCACUAUCCCCCAAUCCACUAUGCCCAGCUCCCAUCCACCUCACUGCAGUUCAUCGGGUCUCCUUAUAGCCUUCCGUAUGCUGUACCACCUAACUUUCUACCGAGUCCACUCCUUUCUCCUUCUGCCAGUCUUAGCACCUCUCACCUUCCACAUUUUGUGCCAUAUGCCUCUCUCCUGGCAGAAGGAGCCACUCCUCCUCCCCAGGCAUCAUCCCCAGCCCACUCAUUUAACAAAACUGCCCCCUCUACCACCUCCCCACCUGAGCAGUUGCCCCACCACACAAGUACUCAGCCACUGGACCUUGCUCCAGGCCGGAUACCUAUUUAUUAUCAGAUGUCCAGGCUACCUGCUGGGUACACCUUGCAUGAAACCCCCCCAGCAGAUGCUAGCCCAGUUCUUACCCCUCAGGAGGGCCAGUCUGCUCUGGAAGCAACUGCUGCCAAUGGACAGAGACAUCGAGAUCGAAGCUUAGUAAGACGGGAAAGUGAAGCCCUCAACUCCCCGAACAGCAAGGGUGAAGGCCAGGGACUGGUGCCAGUAGUAGAGUGUGUGAUGGAUGGACAGUUGUUUUCAGGUUCUCAGGCUGCACGGGUGGAGGUGGCAGUGCCAACACAUCGAGGGACUCCAGACACUGACCUUGAGGUCCAGCGAGUAGUUGGCACUUUAGCUUCUCAGGACUACCGUGUGGUGGCAGCUCAGAGGAAGGGUGAGCCCAGUCCCCUCAACUUGUCCCAUCAUACCGAACAUCAGGGUGAGGGCCGAGGGUCAGGCAGGAACCCAGCAGGAAUGGCUGAGAAAAAUCAGGCCCGGGGCUUCUACCCUCAAUCCCAUCAGGAACCAGUGAAACAUAGACCUUUACCCAAAGCAGUGGUUGUAGCCAAUGGCAAUCUGGUACCCACUGGAACUGACCCAGGCCUGCUACCCAUGGGCUCGGAGAUCCUGGUGGCAUCAAGUUUGGACACACAGGCCAGAACCACCUUUCCAGAUAAGGAGCCAACGCCACCUCCCAUUACCUCCUCCCACUUGCCCUCCCAUUUCAUGAAAGGCGCCAUCAUCCAGCUGGCUACAGGGGAGCUGAAGCGGGUGGAGGACCUCCAGACCCAGGAUUUUGUGCGUAGUGCCGAAGUGAGCGGGGGAUUGAAGAUUGACUCUAGCACAGUUGUGGACAUUCAGGAGAGCCAGUGGCCUGGAUUUGUCAUGCUGCAUUUCGUGGUUGGUGAACAGCAGAGCAAAGUGAGCAUCGAGGUGCCCCCUGAGCACCCCUUCUUCGUAUAUGGCCAGGGUUGGUCAUCCUGCAGCCCUGGGCGGACUGCACAGCUCUUCUCUCUGCCCUGCCAUCGGCUCCAGGUGGGAGAUGUUUGCAUCUCUAUCAGUUUACAGAGCUUGAACAGUAACUCAGUUUCUCAGGCCAGCUGCGCUCCCCCAGGCCAGUUGGGUCCCUCCCGAGAAAGGCCUGAGAGGACAAUAUUGGGACCCAGAGAGCAAUGUGACAGUGACGGGAAGAGCCAGUCAUCAGGCGAAGGCUCCCGAGUGGUAGAGCCCUCUCAGUCGGAACCUGGUGCUCAGGCCGGCUGGCCAGCCCCAAGCUUCCAAAGAUACAGCACGCAAGGGGAGGAGGCACGGGCUGCGCUGCUGCGUCCCUCUUUUAUUCCACAGGAGGUAAAGCUGUCCAUUGAAGGACGCUCUAAUGCAGGAAAGUGAACCUCUCUCCCAGACCGGGACUGGGACUUUACCCCAGACCUGGACCUCAUCAUGAGCAGACAGGAUUUGCACAUGCCGAGCAGGAACUAGCCCUUUUGGCCGUGAGAUUUGGGAGGGCAGGGCAGGCAUGAACACAGCCUCCUGUGGCAAGAUCUAUCUCCCCAUGACAUCCUUUCAGGGCAUCCUCAGAGGGUUCUGUGAUGGGGAGCAGGAGGCCUGGGCCUAGGAAGGAAGGGAGUGCGUGCAGGAUAAGGAACAUUCCAAAUAUCAGGGCCUCCCUGUUCUUUCCUCUCUUACCCAAGCUCCUGCAAGGGGAAAGUCAGGUUUGGGGAGCAGGUGGCAGAGGGAGGGAGCAAAGAAAGAGCCAAAAAUGAUGAUCCACAGCUUAUAGUAGCAGUUCAACUGUCUGAAGUUUUUACCUUUUUUUGUGGUUGGGAGGGCAGGAGGCCCCAUGGUUAAGAGGGUUCCCACCCAGAACUCUUAUUUGGAGAGCUGUGCACUUUAAAGGGUAGUUUUGUUACAGAUGUUUAUGGCUGAGUUUGUAGUGGGAGGAGUACUCAAUCCACAAGACUCCUCUUGAUACUCUGCUUCAGCCUUUCUCACCCAUCUCUCACCAUCCCCCCAUAAGGCUUCUUGCACCAGAAGAGGGGAAAACCCUCCUAGCAUUCAGAGUGAAGUACUGACUUGGCAUGGACCCAGUUGAGGGGCUUUGGGAGGAAGACCUGUUGGCCAAGCUGACUGGACUUUAGGCAGGGUUUCUGGAAAGAUAACUGAUGUAACAGACCCAUCUACUCAGUCUACCAGACCCACUUUGAAAUUGUACUGAAUCUCUAGUUGAUAAUGGUGACUUGAAAGAACUGUUGGGCCCUUUUUCCAAGACCUCUGUGCUCCUCUGUCUGUCUGUGUUGUGCCUAAGUGCCUGCGCUGUUCCCACCCUUCAGCUUCCCUAACCUCUCUGCAUGGUAACACGACCAGGGCCUGAUCUGUAUCUGCACUGCCUUUCCCCUUCUGCAAAAUUGGUUUGAUCCACUCUGACCAAGACCUUUAGUUUUCAGUAUGUAGGGGUCUCUCUGGUCCCCCCUCCCUUAUAUAUUUUGUUUUUAAAAAUGAAGGAGGGUGGAUAAAUAGCAUAGUGGUUAUGCUAAAAGACUUUCAUGCCUGAGGUUGUGAGGUCCCAGGUUCAAUCCCCAGCACCACCAUAAGCCAGAGCUGAGCACGCUCUGGGAAAAAAACAAACUCAAGGAAUCAUGUCCCCUCCUCUGCAGCUAACAAGCUUGGUGGAGAAACAAGAAGGGAACUCUGCCCUGGGUCAGAGCAAACACACCUGGCUGGGCAGUGCCUGAGCCAGCAUUUUUACACAGCCCUUUCCCCUGAUUCCACUGCCUCUCCCAGCAAUCUGACUUCCCUGAGCCAUGCCCUCCCACUGUCAGCUCUAAGGUUCUAGGAUAGUCUUAAUGUUUCAAUACCUGAAGUCUCGCAGAUUUCAUUUUGUGGUGAAGUAUUCCUCUGCAAAGAGUACUUUCAAUGUUACAUUCUUUUUCCCACCUCACCCCCCAGUGUCUUAAGCCCAAUUUUUAUUCAGAACUUUUAGCAUCAACUUGGGCUGCAGGAUUCUGUAGGUAUUAAGAAUUAGGCUCGCACACCAGCUUUUAGGGAUGGGUGGGUGGGUUUUUGUUUGUUUUUCAGGAGUCUUUAGACUCUUGAAACAACUCAGGGUAUUGUCCACCCAGCUCUCUGGUGAGGCUUCUCCUAGGGUAUGAUCCUGGAUUUCCUUUAAUGUUUGUCUGGCCAAGACCCGGCCUGUCAUCAGGAGUCCCAAACCUUUGAGGUCUAAUCUCUGCUCUGUCAAAGGCUUUAGGCAUGUCUUAUGACCUCUUUUGCUCUUUCAUUUCCUCCCCAGUUGCCAAAUGGGGAUAAAUAAUCUUACCUACCUCCUGGGAGUGGGGGGAAGAGUUCUGAGAAUGGAGUCAUUCUUAGUGUUCAGGUGCUAAUGGUUGUUCUCGUAGAAGAACAUAGUAACAGAGACUGGCUUGUUUGCUGCAAGCUCUACACUCCACUGUUUUUCCUUGAGAGCAGUUACCUGGUCAGUCUGCUUUUAGAGGCCCACCCAAAGGAAGCUGUUGACCUGACUGUGAGAAUGUUAAGUCUCAGUUCACCUCAGAACCAAACACCAACCAUAUCUGGUGAACACUCAAUAUUGUGCACAUUUGGGAUCAUGUCCUUUCCCUUAUCUGACACCUCUUCUUUCCCUGCCCCCCAAUGCUGCUUCUUUGGCUUGUUUCUUCAAUUUAGUGCAGACUCAAGCGACAAAGUCUUGAGGAAUUCUCUCAGAUGACUGCCCUGGGAGAAGGCCUCAUCUCUGGCUGGCUUUUGAGCAAGUCAUUGCUAAGAAAUUUUGUUUGCAUGUGUUUCUUAGAAGCAUUCUUCCUCACAGAAAGGCUCAUCAACUGAGUAUUGUAACGUACACACAGUGGUACACACAGUGGUCACUCAAGAAAUGCUCACCGAGGACCUCAACUCAGCUUCCUUCUUAUGGGAGCAAACUCUGUCUACCCAGAUGCAGCCCAUUUCCCAACCUGGUAACUUCCACUUAAUCCUGGAAAGAAGACCUUUCAUACCAUAGCAAGUUGGCCCGAAUCUUUCUGCUGUUGUUCCUCUUCUAUCUUUUGUUAGUGAAGUCAUAUGUGUGUAAUAUAUUAAUGUUUUAUUUGCUGAGCUACAGAGGGGUCUUUUGUAAAGUUGGUCUCAUAGAAAAACUACCUGUUUGCUUUAUAUCUUGGUCAGAGCUUUGGCAUUCCCUUGCCUUUUCCCUCUAAUUCAGUCUUUCUUCCAGGCAUUACAAGUCCAUUCUUCCUUAUAGGAAUUUCAUAAGUAUGUAAGAAAUAUAAGAGCAGCUUUGAGAGAGUGAACAUUUUGGUGGGAAGCUGCCUGCAUUUGGAGAAUGGACAAUUAAAGAUGGCUGGAGUCAACCCCUUGUCAGUGGUUGGUCAUCCAUAGAUAGAAAAGGAAGACUGUUAAACAGAAAUACCUAUUUGCAAGUAGGGGAAGUAGGUUAAAGUAUGGAAAAUAUAUUUAAGUCCUGGAUUAUCAUUCCUAGCAAGGUUGGGGAGGAGUGGAGGUCAUGGGGGAGGGUCCUAAGAAUUAAAGAGUUGAGCACUUGAACCCAAGGAGGAGGAGCCCAGCAUAUCUGGACUGACCUUUCCACAUGCUUGAUCCCAUUGGUUAUAAUACCAAGGGCUUUGGUCUGUGCUGCUUUGCCUCUGCUGCUGCCUGCUCACUGUCCUGCCUGCUGCCCUUUAUACUCUCUGUCCUUCCAUAUCUUUGUCCGCUUAGACAUAUCCAGCCUUCCUAUCCAUUCCUACCUUGAAGAUGUUACUUCAUAGUAAGGCUAUGUUGAGUAGGGAUAGUAUGAAAUGCUGCUGGUAAAUGCUGGUUGGUAAAUCCAAAGGGAUGUGACUUCAGUUCUUGUGAGGAGCCCUUUGACUCCAAUUAUCUGAUUCUCUUGAAAGUCUUUUAGUGUGUGUGUGUGGGGGGGUUUCUAUGUAUUAACUUCUUAACCUUUGUAGUAUCUAGUAGCCUAUUAAAAAAAAUGAGUGAUAGGAGCUAAGUCAGGGCCUAUGUCAGCAUUCCAGGGAGUUUUAUCCAGCUCGUUAUAUAUAUGGAUUUUGGGGUUGGGAGAGGGUUUGAGAUUUGGCCAAAAUAGCCCUUCAAAUGGAACUUGGUUUCAUUUUUAACCAAGUGGGUGUCAUAGUUGAUGCAGAGUAGUAGUAUGCUGUCAACCUGUGACCAACACGCAGAUUGAAGAUCACACUGGAGAGAAAGGGUGGGCAUGAGUUGCCUGGGAAAAAAACCCUGGGUCUGGUCUGGUGGAGUGAAGAUAACCGGAUUAAUUGAUUUGGCUGUGGAAGAUUAGGUCACACACAUAUAAGUAAUAGUAAAUAGGGCAGGGGCCACAUUUUAUUGAGACUUCUUGGCCUCCUUGAGCAAAAUUACCAACCUAUAGUACUUUCCAAAUGGGAAAAGGUGUACACUACAGUUGAGUAGCUGAACCAUAAUAGGUUGGAUGUUGAUCAGGAACCUAUUAGCUCUUUGCUGGGAAGCCUUUACUUUACCUUCCAGCUUCCCUGGGGUAGGAAAGGUCUCCCACAUUAUGCAAUAAUAAAAUAAGCAUCUGGGUCUUUGCAGCUGUCAGUUGCUCUUUCAAUUCUAGGAUCCCUCUUUGGGCCUGAAACCUGGUCUAGGCCUAGGGUGACACUGGCCCUCGAGAUGCUAGCGUCGACUGCACUCUCUCCUUACCUGUAGACUAUGCACAGUGCCUGGGGUGGAAGGAGGAGAGCUGGUGCAGUUUGCCCAGCUGAGCCUCCCCAGCAGAACAGUAGUAAUAAAUGCACUUUUCACACUAAGGGUUUAUUAGUUCUCCUAUUAAACCUAGAUCCUUCCCCAGUAGAUUGCAAACUCAGUCUGUGUGAUCCCAAAGCCAUUUACUGCAAAUGUCAGCAGUGAAGAUGGCCUCAAAUUGGGUUCCUGUCUGCAUUAUGUGUGGCAGCUGCCCUUGUGCCUUUACCUAUUGUCGAACUUGCAAACAUUUAUUUCUGUCUUUGUCAUGGGAACUAAAAAACUCUUCAGGGGGUGGGAAGGGUGUUGACACAGUGGUUUUAUACCCACUCCCUGGAGAGGGAGUUUGCACAAAGUUGUGAGUUGCUAGUGCAGUGCUGGUAUUGCUGAAGGCAGGUUCCUCCCUCAUUUGCUUGAUGCUCAAAUUUGAGAAAAAUCUGGAUUGUAUUGGGGAAGAGACUGACAGUACUCAUGGCAAACUUGAAGUAUUAAAAUAAGGCUAUCCCCUAUAACCUUUCUAGUCACACACAGGAUCCCUCUAGCCAAAACAGUAUAUGUUCCAACUGCAGAGAGCAGACUGCUCUCAGCUUACACAGCACCUUAGGGGAGGGAAGAAUCUAUGGAGGGGUGGGGUGAAAAAGGAGGAUGGGAAAGUUGUCAUCCAGGUGGCUUUAGGAUUCUGAGGAGUAGAGAAGGAUGGCACGGGAGGUCUGGAUGGAUCUGAUUUGCGUAGGAGUUCCCUGUAGAUAAAUUACUGAUCCCCUAUCUACUAUCCUCAGUAUGUAAUGGCUGAAUAUGUAAUCAACUGCAUUGUAUCUAAAGCCUUAGAACUAGUCAGGUGCUCCCCCCACCCAACACCAUUUCUUACCCUCUAAUCCUACCUGAUCUUUAACAAAGCAUUAAUAAUUCUAAGGAUAAUCUCUAUUUUGUUGUGCUUUUUUGUAACUGUUUUAAAUAAAUCAAUUUGUACUGUAUAUUUGUACUUUUGUGAGAUCCUUUUUGCUGUUUUACCAUUCUAAGUCUCUGUACUUGGCUACACAGAUUGUAUUUUUAUUGUUAAUGCUCUUCUUAUGGAUACCUGCAUUUAACUUGUGGAUUAUGUAAACACAAUAUAUAUCAAUAUCUAUAUAUCUAUAUAUCUAUCUAUAUAAACUACUAGCUUUUC